GAGAGACGUGACGUCACUCUGGCUCAGGGUUGCCAGAUAAACUUUUCUAAUGGUAUAAAAACUGUUUUCAGAAAACUUCAAGGAUCGAUUUGAUGUCCUGCUUGGCAUUCUUAAGGAACUUUUCGCAGUUUUCGUCUGCUGAGAAGUUGGGUCGGUCGGUCGGUUGCUGUCGCUCAAGCGGAUGAAUGAAUCGUUAAAUGCGUUAAAUUCAUCCAGUAAUACUUCGAAUCUAAGGAAUGGAAUAGUCAAAAUGACGGAACAGCUGGUUCGUGAAUGGCUCUCUGAUUAUGCAGGCCUCAGUCCGGUGGAAGCUCAUACUUUUGUAGCCUCCCUAGAACAUAAUCAAGAACUGGUGGCCGCCAUCUAUACUGUUCUUGAGGGUCGCGAUCAUUAUCAAAAGCUUGUGGAUCCAGUGUGCAACCAACUAUUCGCGUUCUAUCGAUCAAAGGAACCAGAACUUCAAAAAUUUACCAUUCAAUUCAUACCAACACUCGUAUAUGUAUACCUGAACUCUGUGUCAUGCAGAGAAAAAAAGAAUGAUUGGAGUGUGGAAACUCUGCUCCUUGGAAUUUACAAUCUAGAAGUUGUUGAUGAAUCUGGUCAGCCCAAAGUUGUGUCAUUCCGUUUACCAUCUCUAGCACAAUCUUCUAUUUAUCAUGAGACUAUGCAUUUGGACCCUGCAUCCCUUACUCAAAAAGAAUUGCGCCGUCUGGAAGAAUGUAAUACUAGACUGAUAUCUUGGGGUCCUUUGCCUCAAGUAGAGUCCCUAAAUGCUCAGAACAGACUUAAAACUAUGACUACUCUUCUCUUUGUCUAUAAUCGCCAUCUGAGCAGGUUCCACAAAUCAGCUUUGGAAAAACUUUGUAGAGUGUGUUCAAAAAUUGCAGCACAAGGAUUUACUCGGGUGAGUAGCCAUCCUCAUAGCAACAGUUCCGCAUCUCUAUCACCUCAGCGUCCACCACCUCGCAUACCAGUUUCUUCCCAAUUUUUAUUGGAGCUGCUUCAUGCUAUUUACUUUGCAAUGUUUAAUGAGUUAAGCAGCAUGGCAGUGCAGGCUCUAGAAGAUGUUCACUUCAGAGGUUGUUACGAGUGUCUCCCUGACAUAAUGCUAGUUGCUGGAGCUAUUCGAAACUCUAUCAAGGAUACUCCCUCAGGUCAAGCAUUGGAUGGACCAAUGGGUAUCAGCAUGGCUGUAUCUCCAGCUACAAACACUGUCACUGUCUCCAAAUCUAUGAUCACAAACGCGUCAUUCAGAACGAAGAAGUUACCAGAUGACAUCCCCAUCCAGCAGCCAGCAGAUGGAACAUCUGCUGAUGUGAAGGACCCUAAAAAUUUAAUGUCAAUUUCCGAAGAGAAAGAGGAUGAUGCUGUUGGUGGAUCAUCAGUCCCCGAGCGACUCACACCAAGAGGAAGUUCACUGAGAGCUGCAAGUGGCAUGAGUUUGCCUAAGCUACCAAACUUGCAAGCGCUAGUUGGCAAAAGGGGAAGGAAAGAGGGCAGCCAAGAACGCAAAGUAACUCCUCCCCAUCAAAAUAAGACCUCAUCCAAACUUCCUGCUGUGAAUGGAGAUUCAUUUGAACUUGACAGUUUGCGUAAAAAAGGUAAUAGUGAAAAUGGAGUUCUUACAAUGGAUGAUGGGGCUGACUCAAUUGAUUCUGUCGAUAAAGCUUCUGCUGAUAGUAUUGAAAACCUACACAACAAUGGUGGUCCAGCCAGUGAUUCUGGGUCAUUUAUGACUGUUGACUCGGGGGACACUGUUGAUGGUGACAAUCUAACAACUAAUAGCUCUGCCACACCACUUUUAGGCAGGAAAAGCAAUGCUGUUGAAAUUGAAAAUCGUGGUUCUUUGCAAGUCAGCACAGUGUGAUUUAGUAGCUAGGUAGAUAAUCAAUGCCUGUAUUUGGUGCCAAUAUGAAAGUACCAUCAAGGUCAUGGUUUUAAUUAAGUGGAAUUUUUUAAAUCUUAAGGAACAACUCAGAUGAUGCCAUCACAAUACAUACCUGUGUGUUAGAAUGAUUACUUAUUCAUCCUAUAUGGUGUUAACUUAUCAUGCACGUAAAAGAGAAUUGAUAAAGAGCUUCUCGGAGCAUAUUUUGUUGUUUAGAUAGCUGUAUCAGGUUGAGUGAGAUGUCAGAAAGUUUCUUCAAAAACCGCUGGAGCACACCUUUGUGUAACAGUGUAACAGGUAUCUCCGCUUGCCUAAUACGCAACAUUCGGACCAGCAUGCAGAGGUGUUGCCUAGUAGGCAGGCGGAGGUACCCUCCGCUCCGCGUAGGUGUGCUCCGGCGGUUUUUGCCUAACUUUACUGGCAGCAUUUUUCAUUUCCUAAAAGCUUUACUGCACUGUAAAAUUUCCUUUAUCCAACUCAUUCAUAUUUACAUGGCACUAAAAGUUGUUGGUGUAGCAACAAAGUUUCUAACCAACUUCAAUCUGAAUGAAAGCCAUAUGUGGAAAGAAAUUGUAGUAAGAAAGGGGUGGUUGGGAAUGGAUGACUCUUUAUGGAAGAUGAUGGAAAUUUGUAUACCCACUGCCAUGUUGUGGGGUUUAUAGGGACGAGGCCACAUACUGGAAGUCUGUUGCAAUAUCCAAGAACUAAAUUCCAUAGGUUAUUUAAUGUGAUCAUGCUCACUGUCAUGUUCUUUAGUGUCAUGCUAUAGUGCCACUGUAACUUGCCUCUCAGAUAGGAUAACUAGUCCAUGCUUGGGGGAAGUCAAAAUAUUCCUGUAUUUUAAUACAUUCCCCUAUUUGUUGGAAAUCAGACUAGUAUGACAAACAUUUUGUUGAUUCAUAGCAAAGAAGCAAGGACAUUUCUUGUUAGUGUUACAUCUACUCUUAUCCAGAGUGUAAAUUUGUUUGUAGGUAGAUAAACUGUGAGAAAUGUGUUAUUGACCGCUUUUACUUACCCAUAUCUACAGUACCUAAGACUAGCAGAAAAAUAUCUGCAAAUAUAUUAAUUCUUGCAAAAUAAUUUUGUUCCUAUCAGAACAAUGUACUGUGAAUUUAUUAUACUGCAAUACUGGUAAGCGUGUUCUACAGUGAAUUGAAUAAUAACUGUUAUCACAUUAGUAAACAGGUUCUGUUUAUAUAUGAAUUCAGUCUACGUAAGUACCUCACUAGCGUCAAUUCCUGGUUGAGGUUUUGCCACUAUCUAUGUCUACGAUAGUCAUCUUACCUUUCUUUCAAUUCAUUUUUUUUUUUCGUUUGAAACUGUCUUAUGUACCUGUCCUUUCUUUCAUUUUCAUUUGUUUAAAUGGCUUGAACAUGUGAUUUAUGUCACAACUUUAUUUUUAUUUUUAACACAUAGUAAGUAUAUUUGUGUCAUGUCAUAAUUUGAGCUAGUUUCUAUUUUUACUCGUUCUUUACCACCAAAUUACACCGGAUCGGACACCAUCUUGUGGCUGUUCUCUCAGAAUAUGCACCACCUACUGAUAUUGUAAUUGGUUAUAUCUCAAAUCCUAAUAUUGAGUCAAUAAUAGAACUUUUUUUUUAAUUAUGUAAGUAAAACUGAAAAAUUCUGAUGCUUUCAUUUUAAGUCCUUAACACUGCAUGAAAGAAAUAGUAUUUGGAGAAUAAGUAGAACUACAUUAGAAACUUUAUUGUGAACAGUCUUCUCAUAAAGCCUUCAAUUUUUUGUUGUCGUAGUGUUACUUAAAAAAAAAAAAAGGAUGCAAAAUUUGUUUGGUAUUCUUCAAGUCUAGUCCACACACAGCUGAUGGUGCUGCCAACUGUGCUGUGUCUGCUCUGUAAAUGGUUAUUGUUGUGUUUCAACAACAAAAACAAACUCCUACUAUAUCUGAGAUGAAAGCAGUUACUCACUACCAUAAAUUUUCAUUAAAUUGGUGAUAAAGAACGAGUAUAUUCUUAGCACAAAAUGAAUUGUGUGUUUUGCUUCUCCCUUGUUUUUAUUUCCUGGAAACAUUAGUGAUCUAUCUAUUUAUGGGUGGAUUGGGAGCUAUGUACACCAAUAUUUUCUUGUGAAGGGUGUGUUGUAUUUGUUAGUGAAGGAAAGAUAAAUGAUACUACCCCUAUUGUUGUCUUGAAACUUUUCUGUCUUUAACAAGUAUACCUAUAUGUAUCUAUAUACAGUAUAUUAUCUGGUAAUGUAGUUCUUUUUGCUGGUUGUUGGUUUGGCAUACUGCCUAAACAGUACAUGCAUGUGGUGUUAGAGCUUAACUUUGUGCAGUCCAGUUGUUAAUUAAAAUUUCUAAUUUGUUUCUAUAUAACAAGCAUUUUCAUCAGAUCUUGUAUUUACAACACCUAAAAUUGAUGGCUUCUAUUAAGUCAUGUGUUUUUUGUGGUUCUGUAUUGGACCUAGAAUUUCUCGAGGACUUUUAUACUGACUAUUCCAUUUACCUCUAACAUUCUUUCAUGUGACAUAAUGGCUAUUUACUUACUUUUAUUUUUCUGAAAAUCAUAUGAUCUCGUCUUGUAUCAAAAAUUAUAUGUAUGCUCAUGAAAAGUGUUCACGUUAGGAUGUGAAGUAGGAUAUUGCGUUAGCGACUAGGGAGUAAAGGAGUUGGGGAGUAGGAGAGUGGGAGCUACUCCCCUCGAGUGCGAGUGGCAGUCUUUUAAGGAUUUUGACAUUUAUAGAGAACAGUUUGACGCCCUUCUUUGUUAAUUUGCUAUUUUCAUUCUCGAACGCUGCCUGAGAGCGAAAACGAAUGUGAUCCGCAACAGCAAACUGCCACUCAUACUUGAGGGGAGUAGCUCCCACUCUCCUACUCCCCAACUCCCUAUACUCCCCUAGUCGCUAACGCCAUAUCCCCCAGUGCUUUUUUUUGUUUGUCAUUUUUCUUUUUAACAUCUGUUUAUUUUGUGAUUCUUAUCACAUGCCUUAAUUAAUUCAGUAGCUUUUCACAUUUCCUAUCAAUUCUAAAUUGACUGCGUUAGCUUUCAAGCGUUUAAUAGCAUGUAGAUUAAUUGUUGAUGAAACUAUUAUUGUAAAUACAUCUAAGCUGUGAUCUCUUGGUUUGUUGACUUCAUGUUGUUUCAUAAAAUAAUUGUUAUUGGUCAUAGAUUUAACACCAUUCAUAAAAAAUCUGUGUUAUUUUUGUGAAUGAUUUUUCUUUUUAGAAGAGAUAUGAAGCAGAAUUGCCACUUAGAGGGUGAUUGGUUUAUUAGUUGAUUGAUGCAAUAAGCAAGCAUGUCACUUCUGACAUGAGUGCAAAUUCUGUACAUAAUAAAUAAUAUUAUCUUCAAAGUUA